AUGUCGAAACCAUUCCAGUUGUGCUCUUCAAGCCUCGGCUGGCGCUCUGCUUUUUAUAUCCACGCUGGAUUUGGAUUUUUGGUGUUUUGUCUGUGGAUUGUUUUCUAUCAAGAUGAUCCUCAACUGCAUCCAAGUGUCAGCGAAAAGGAACUGGAAAAAAUUCAAAGGGAUAAGACGCAAGCACACAUCGAAAGAGACAGCUUCGUUCCAUACAAAGCCAUUCUGAAAAACAAGGUGAUUCUGAUUGUGUGGUGCAAUGCGUUUGUGGAAAUGGUAACCGUGACAUUAUUACUUGUCUAUGCACCGACAUACUUCCACGUGGUACUAGGAUACGAUAUACCCACCACAGGUACGCUUAAACCGAGUCUCACUUUGAUUGGGUGUUGGUCAGGACUCCCAAUAGAUCUGCUAACGGCCGCGAUCGGCUAA